AUGCCGGCUUUAAUGCUCGCUGUCUGUGCUCACGAAGCCUCGAUAGGACGGGAAGAGGAUGCGGAUGACAAGAUCUUCCCCUACUUGUUCAAACCACUCAAGUGUGAGUUCAUAGAGCUUGUACGAGGUGAUGAAUUAGGGGGCCUGGCCGUUAUCGCCUUGAGUACAGCAGACAAUUUCAAAACUCUCAAAUGUCAAAGUGGACUGCGGGGACAAGAUAGACUGCGGACAUUCACUCAAGUCCUGAGUGUAGAACAUUCCUACGAAUGUUUCGAAUACCUGCCUGAUAGAUCCUUAUAUCAUUUCAACCUCUCAGCGCCCGCCCUCGACUUCUUGAGUCGCACCCUUCCUUUGCUAUCGAGGUUGGUCAUCGACCUCGGCGAUUUCAUCGGUUACAGCCCUAGCUGGGAUCAAGCGUAUAAGAAAGCUACGAAAAAUAAUGCACGGUAUUCACAUGCACCAUUAUCAUGCGUAGACGGGCUGAACAUCGUCUGCGCCAUCGCUCGCUUCCAAAACCUCCGCCACCUCACUCUUCACUAUAGGCUCCAACAAGACCAAAUCGCCCUCAUGCAUCCAACGCCCGGAUGCGAAGCCGUGCGCGAGCUAUUUGAGUCGACCCAGAGACGGAAGCGAGGUCAAGCCAUUGUCCGGUUAGACGUGAUCUUCUACACUGACUCGAUCAACGUUUUCGGGUGCGUUGACCGCUCAUGGCAAAUCGAUCCACCUACAGUAUCGACCACGAUUACGAUACUGCACUUGCGACAAUACACACUAUGGGAAGGUGAUCGAGCGCCGGAAGAGGACUGA